GUGAUGAAAUGAAGUCAGUAUCAGUGACUGAGGGAGAUUCUAUCAUGCUAAAUACUGAUAUUCAAGUACAGAGCAAAGAUAUGUUAUUGUGGAUGUUUGGACGACAAGAGACUCGCAUUGCUGAAAUAUAUAACCAAAACAUAUUUAUGUAUGAAAGUAAUGAGUCAUUUGGAGACAGACUGCAGAUGGACAAUCAAACCGGAUCUCUGACCAUCAGAAACAUCAGAACUGAACACUCUGGACUUUAUAAACUACUGAUCCUCAGCAACAGAGAAAACUCAUACAAGAGAUUCAGUGUCAUUGUCUAUGCUCGUCUGCCUGUUCCUGUCAUCACUGCAAACUCUUCAAAAUGUUCAUCCUCAGGAUCAUUAGGUCAGAAUUGUUCACUAUGGUGUUCAGUUGUGAAUGUGAGUGCUGUGAGUCUCUCCUGGUACAAAGGAAACAGUUUAUUGUCCAGCAUCAGUGUGUCUGAUCUCAGCAUCAGUCUCUCUCUACCUCUGGAGGUGGAAUAUCUGGAUAACAACACCUACAGUUGUGUGAUCAACAAUCCCAUCAGCAACCAGACCACACAUCUCAGAGUCACUGAACUCUGUCACAGGUGUGCAGACUCUGUUCAGUUUUGUGGUUCUACUGAAGCUAGUGUGUCUGAUCUCAGCAUCAGUCUCUCUCUACCUCUGGAGGUGGAAUAUCAGGAGAAAAACACCUACAGCUGUGUGAUCAACAAUCCUAUCAGAAACCAGACCACACAUCUCAACAUCACUCAAUUCUGUCAGACAUGUGCAGAUGAGAAAAGUCUCUCAGAAUACACACAGAUCAUCUACCGUCUGCAGAUCACUGAUCAUCAUCCAUAA